UGCUCGCCCUACGCGGCCCACCUCUACGAUGCCGAGGACCCGUCCACGCCCCUGCGGACGGUGCCCGGACUCUGCGAGGAUUACUGUCUCGACAUGUGGCAAACGUGCCGGGGCCUGUUCCGCCACCUCUCGCCCGACCGUGAGCUCUGGGCACUGGAAGGCAACCGGGCCAAGUUCUGCCGCUACCUGGCCCUGGACGACACGGACUACUGCUUCCCACGCCUGCUGGUCAACGAGAACCUUAACUCCAACUUGGGCCGGGUGGUGGCCGAUGCCAAGGGCUGCCUGCAGCUCUGCCUGGAGGAAGUGGCCAACGGGCUGCGCAACCCCGUGGCCAUGGUUCACGCACAGGACGGCACCCACCGCUUCUUUGUGGCCGAGCAGGUGGGGCUGGUGUGGGCCUACCUGCCUGACCGCUCGAGGCUUGAGAAGGCCUUCCUGAACAUCAGCCGGGCGGUGCUCACCUCGCCCUGGGAGGGUGACGAGCGUGGCUUCCUGGGCAUUGCCUUCCACCCCAGGUUCCGACACAAUGGCAAGCUGUACGUGUACUACUCCGUGGGGGUCGGCUUCGACGAGUGGAUCCGCAUCAGCGAGUUCAGGGUCUCUGAGGACGACAUGAACACCGUGGACCACAGCUCCGAGAGGAUCAUCCUGGAGGUAGAAGAGCCAGCCUCGAACCACAAUGGGGGCCAGCUGCUCUUCGGAGACGACGGGUGCCUCUACAUCUUCACCGGGGAUGGCGGGAUGGCUGGAGACCCCUUUGGACAGUUUGGAAAUGCCCAGAACAAGUCGUCCCUGCUGGGCAAGGUGCUGCGUAUCGACGUGGACCGCCCCGAGCACGGCCCGCCCUACCGCAUCCCGCCGGACAACCCGUUCGCGCGCGACCCCGCCGCACGGCCGGAGGUCUACGCCCUGGGCGUCCGCAACAUGUGGCGCUGCUCCUUCGACCGCGGCGACCCGGCGACGGGCGAGGGCCGCGGGCGUCUCUUCUGCGGCGACGUGGGCCAGAACAAGUUCGAGGAGGUGGACCUGGUGGAGCGCGGCCGCAACUACGGCUGGCGCGCGCGCGAGGGCUUCGAGCCUGCCACCCCCACGCUGUGUGCCAACUUCUCCCUGGACGAUGUACUCCCGAUCUUCGCCUACCCCCACAAGAUGGGCAAGUCUGUUACUGGGGGCUACGUGUACCGGGGCUGCGAGUACCCCAACCUGAACGGUCUCUACAUUUUCGGGGAUUUCAUGAGCGGGCGUCUGAUGUCCCUCCGAGAGAACCCAGGCACUGGCCAGUGGGGUUACAGUGAAAUCUGCAUGGGUCAUGGCCAGACCUGUGCAUUCCCAGGCCUCAUCAACAACUACUACCCACACAUCAUCUCCUUCGCAGAGGAUGAGGCUGGGGAGCUGUACUUCAUGUCGACGGGGGUGCCGAGUGCCACAGCUGCACGUGGAGUCGUCUAUAAAGUGAUCGACCCCUCCAGACGGGCACCACCAGGCAAGUGUCAGAUCCAGCCUGCCCGGGUCAAGGUGAAGAGCCGCCUCAUCCAAUUUGUGCCCAAAGAAAAGUUCAUCCGGAGGACCGCGAGCACCCCACGGCCCACAGUGCACAGGCCCACCAAGGCACCGCGUCGCAGCCGCCCCACCGUCGCUGCCCCCGCACCUACCUCACGGCCGGCCCGGCCCACGCGGCGGCCAGGGGGCCGAAGGGGUGGCGGGCGGCGGAGGGGGCGGCCCAGCCCGGAAGGCCCCGCACACUCCAACGGCGCUGUGCGCCUGGUGCGGCCUGCAGGCCUGGGCCCUGGCCACGGGCGUGUGGAGGUGUUCGUGGGUGGGCAGUGGGGCACCGUGUGCGAUGACGCCUGGGACACAAAGGCCGCCGCUGUCGUGUGCCGCCAGCUGGGCUUUGCCCACGCCGUGCGCGCUGUCAAGCGUGCCGAAUUUGGGGAGGGCCCCACGCUGCCCAUCCUCUUGGACGAUGUGCGCUGCUCUGGCAGAGAACGCAGCCUGCUGGAGUGCACGCAUGCUGGGGUGGGCACGCACAACUGUGGGCACGAGGAGGACGCGGGCGUCGUGUGCAGCCACGAGGACCCCAACCUCUAG